GUUAAAGCUCAUGUGCUCCCAAGAGGCGCUCCCAGUUCACCCGCGUGUGCUCCUGCGUGUCCUGUGCCCACCAUGGGGCCCCUGGUCCUGCUGUGGGGCUGCCUCCUGCUCCCAGGUUAUGAAGCUCUGAUGGGGCCGAAGAAGAUCAGAGGAUUCGAAGGCGACACUGUGUCCCUGCAGUGCACCUACGAGGAGAAGCUGCGGGAGCACAAGAAAUACUGGUGCAAGAAGGGCGGGCUCCUCGUCGCCCGCUGCUUGGGCAUCAUCUACGCUCGAGAAGAUGGCCAGGAGAGGACAGAGGGCAGGGUGUCCAUCCAGGACAACCCCCAGAAGCUCACGCUCAACGUGACCCUGAGGGAGCUCACCCAGCAGGACUCGGGGGACUACUGGUGCGGCAUCACCAUCCUGGGCAUUGACGAGACUUUCCUGGUCUCUCUGCUCGUCCUGCCAGGUCCCUGCUGUCCUCCCUCCCCCACCCCCUCCUUCCAGCCUCUUGCUACAAGCCUCCAGCCCAAGGCCAAAGCUUGGCAAACUCAGCCCCCAGCAUCGACUUCUCCUGGUGUCCGCCCGACAGUCACCAAGCAGGGGAAGACAGAGGCCGAGGCCUCUCCAUUCGCAGGGACGUCCCCGCCCGAGCCCGCAGGAACCUCUCUAUACACAGGAACCUCUCCGUACGCAGGGACCUCUCCGAACGAAGAGCCCCCCCUUCACAGAGCCACCUCUCCUCAUGCAGGGACCUCUCGGCCUUCCACGUACCUGGACUCCACCUCUACGGAAGACCCCAAGUCCAGGGCGUCCCACUCAAAGGCCCACAUCCUGGCGCCGGUCCUAGUGCUGCUGGUCCUCCUGCUGGCCGCAGGCCUGGCUGUCGUCGGCAGGUGCGUGCUCCGGUGCAGGAAGGAAGUUCAACUGGACACAGAGACACAGAAUGAGAAGGUCCACCUCUCACACUUGAACCGCCAGGCCCCGGAGUACACUGUGGUCAGCCUCGCAGCACCCCCUGGGCCUCGAGCCGGCCCCAAGCCCUCCGCCAGCCCCUACACGGAGAUCCCGGAGAUCCGGAGCCAAAGCCAGACUUUGAAGAAAGAGGAGGCCUCCUUCCAGGACCCGGCGGGUGAGGCGAACCCAGGGCCUCCCCUUCACAUGUCCGAGGAGGAGCUCAGAGCCUCUGUAUUCAUCCCAGUCUAGCCGCUGGACGCCCUCUGGGCCAGGCCUGCCACGAACCGUGACCUGGAGUGGCUGGAUUUACACGAAUCGCAAUAGGCUUUGGGCCGUGGCCUCAGAGUUCCCCCGCCAGGCGCCAGGCCUCUGCAGGCUCCCAGGCUCUCCUGCCUGCCCCGGCCUGCCGCGGGGCCCCGGAGUUCCAGCGGGACAGGACCUCCCCAGCACGGUCACAUCCCCGGGCCCUCACCAGGGCCAGGCAGGGCUCAGAAGACCUGGUCUGUGUGUACCUGGAGCAGGCAAUUCCCUGGGCCUGGACCCAGCAGCAGGCUUCCCUCCGCCCCCUGCAGACCCCACCGGCUCCUCCCUUCCCUCCAUCCUCGGACUCAGCACCACUCGCUCCUGCAUAAGCUGGAGGGAGGAGUGGGCCUGUUGCCCGUUAGACCAGUUCUGAUUUCUCCACGUGCAGCUGUGAACCACGGCAUCCCAGGCCUCAGAAAGCUGCUGAAAGAGGUGAUUCCUGGGCUCCAUCCCAUCCUUCCAAGCCGGCCCUGGGGCUGGGCCCAGGACCCGGGAUUUCUAACAAGUACCUGGUGAUCUCAGGUGGAGAACCCUGGGCACCCUGAACGCUCAGUACUUAUGUUUGGGAUGUGGGGUCUUCCACCCGCCCCAUAGGGAUGCUCUGCCCACGAACCAUGACCCAGUGGGAGGCUUUCCUGCCCGAGUCAGCCCAGGGCAGGUACACACUGGGCGGCAGGGAGUCGCCUCUGUGAUCUCCCCACCCAGCCAGGCGUUCAUUCCAGGCUUUGGAGGAAGGAUGGAGACAAGCCUGGCUCCUUCCUGGUCGAGAAAGAGUUAAUUGCCUGUGGGUGCUGGUGAGGGGCUGGGGUGAGGGGCAGGAAGCCACUGGUGCAGGUGGGUCUCUAAAAGGGAAGAGGAAGGGUUUAGGGCAGGAACCUACAGGGAACCUCAAGGUGACCCUGAGUCUGGCCCCUGAGCUACUAUUAUUUUUCUUUCUUCUUUUUUUUACAGUGAAAUUGGGGGCGGGGGCUAGGGGGUGGAGAGGGGAAGUCUUGCCCCGUAUACAGAACUUGGAGGGAAAAAGAAGAAAAUAAGUCAUUCAUCUUCUCACCGCUGCCCAGAGACCCUCAUCACUGCAUUUCGUGGUGUUUCCUUUCAGUCUUUCUUCUCCGCAUCAUUUGCUGGUGUUCUUUUACAAAUCAAGUUGCCUAUACAACUUCAUAUCCUACUUUUCCCACUUCGCUAUUAUUGCAGAUAAGCAUUUCUCCAUAAAUAAAGUGUUUAUCAGCUGUGUCAUAUUUCGCCAUGUCAGUGCGCUUUAAUUUCAUUGUUCUCUUCCACUAGAUAACCAUUUUCCACUGUGCUUUGCGCAAGGCUUUAUCUGCACUUGGAGAUUUCCUUAAGAAGGAUUUGCGUAUGUGAAAGUGCCGGGUCAUAGGGCAUAAAUAUUUUUGAAGUUGCUAAUACCUAUCGCUAAACAGCUGACAAAAGAACAAAGCUGAGAUGUUCCAAAUUAAAUUACAGCCGGCAGGAGAGUGAGCAAGAGAGACAGGAAUAACUAACCAGUGAAUUAUUAUACUAGUAGUGGUGAAUUAAUUAACCAGUUAAUAGCUGCGGGCCGACUGACAAAAGACUGCUGACAUUCCUGAAUGUUUUUGGAGCUUUGGGUCAACCUCCGGGCACCGACCAGCUGACCCCGGACAUCCCCGCAUCCUGCAUAUGAACGAACGAACGUUCUGGACUGCUGCCCGAAACCAAUCAAAAGAAGCGAAGAUUUCUUCCUUCCCCGGAAGGUGCUCCUAUCACAGAACUGUCCCUGCUUCCCCUUAUCUCGGCCCCCUUCUGUAGCCAAUGCAAAUUCUGUCCAAACAAACUGCAUCUUUCUUCCCCAAAACAAAAUACAGAAAAACGCUCAUGGGCUCCAGGAUGGGGGACAGGUUGCCUUCCCGCCCGAAUCAUGCUGUUGGCGGCUCAGGCCUCAUGCUCAGGACCUGGCCCUUCUCUGGCUGCAAUAUGGCCCAAUACCCCCUUUCUUUUCAAAAAGGCGUUCAGCAGGUUAGUAGGGGGG